AUGUCUUUCAACUCCUUUGCCGACUCCUUUACGAAGAAGUUUCAAGAGAUCUCAACAACUGUGCAGCAAAAGGCCCAUGAAGCUCAGUUAGACAAGCGAUUUAGGGAUCUGUCAAUGUCUGUUAGUCAGAAAACUCAAGACUUGACUGCAACAUUGCCAAACUUAGCCCAGACUACUCAGAGAUUAGUUCAGGAAAGGUUAGGUCAAAUUACAGAUAUUUCUCAAAUGCCCGAAGAGUAUGUUGAAUUAGAAAAUCGAGUGGAAAGAGUGAAAUUGAUUUAUGACAAUUUCCUAAAGGUAACACAAAUCUACGAAGGUGAGAGUUAUGAUUACCCGCAGCAUAUUAAUGAGUCAGUUAAUGAGUUUACGAAGGUUGUUACUUCCAAAGUGCAAGAUUUGACGAAGGCCACAUCUACCGAAGAAGCUCAAAAUAUUUUAAUUUCUCCAGGGCCCGCUAAGGAGCCUAAGACAUUGAACUUUGCUUUGAGCAAGGUUGCUUUAACGUCAAGUGAGUACUUGAACAAGUCCGGAUCUGAAGAUACUGUUUUAGCUGACAUUUUGUUGAAAUAUAGCGAUAUCCAGGCUAAGAUUGCACAGGGCAGGUUGCAACAGGACACCUUGAUCCAGACCAGAUUCAACAGGAAGCUACGGGAGAAUAUUGAUACACAAUUUUCAGCUGCAACAAAGGCACGUAAAGAUGUUGAACAGAAGAGGCUACAGUACGAUAUUGCUAGGUCUAACUUCUCUACUGCUAAGCCUGAGAAACAGGCAUCCUUGAGAGUGCAGAUGGAGGCUUUGGAAGAACAAUUUGCUCAAGCUACGGAAAACGCUUCUAUAGUUAUGGCAUCUGUAUUAGAGCAUACGCAAUUCUUGAAUGAAUUUAAGGACUUGGUAUUGGCUCAGCUCUCAUACCACAAAUUAGCCUCGGAGUUAUUGUCAGACUUCGCUACGUCCUUGGAAUGA